AUGACCAUGGUUCCUUCUCAAACCAACAAAACUAAUGGUGAUUAUGCUUUCUACAACAAUACAACAAGUGAUAUGAGCCACUUUCAAUUUGUUCAAGAUUACAGCAACUACGAUAAUCAUUGUUUAAGAUCUGAAUUUUUGUUCAACCACAUGGCUGAACAAGAGGAAUCCUUUUCAAGACUCGAACCCGAACCCGAACCCGAACCUGAAACUAUUUCUACCUCAAAGGAAAACGAAGAACAAGAAAGAGAAUCAAACAACAAUAACUCCAACAACUGGCUUCAAUUAAGUAUAGGUAACCCCGUCGUGACUACAACUACUACAAAACACGACGCUGAUCACACUCAAGCUCCAGCAAAUUUGCUGGAGCUUGAGUUGUUACCAACAAAUUGGACUUCAUCAGAGCAACCUUCUAUCAGAGGUUGCUCUACGUUUUUCGAUCAAACAACUCCGUCUUCUUCUUCAUCAUCCGUGUCCAUAUCCAUGUCGAUGCCAGCCGGUCCAACAUAUAGUCAUCAUCAUCAACAACAUCUAGUUCCACAUAACUGGUCAUUUGGUCCAUUACUACCGCAUUCUAUGGCAAUUAUGGCUUCUUCUUUUUCUUCGUCGCAAUCUUGUUCAUCUUUAAGACCUAACUAUUAUCCUCAAUAUCAUCAUGCAUCACCUUUUCAUUUUCCUUCAUCUUCUUCAUCUGGAUUUGAUCAACUUGAUAUUGCUGGACCUAGUUCGUCAUCUCAUCUCACUUUUCGCGUCGUCGAUCCUCCUCGCCGACCUCAUUCCGGAAUAUGGUUCAUGCUACAAGCCUCACAAAAUCAAGUGAAACAACCAUUUUUGCCUCAAAUACCUAAGAACUAUCUUAGAAUCAAAGAUGGAAGAAUGACAGUUAGGUUGCUCAUGAAGUAUCUGGUUAACAAACUCAAAUUGGAGAGCGAAUCAGAGAUAGAGAUAACAUGCAAAGGACAACAACUUUUACCUUUCUUGACGUUGCAACAUGUGAGGGAUAAUAUUUGGACACCAAGAGACACAACAACAACAACAACACCUUUGCUUUCAGAUUCCUCAACAACAGAUCAUGUAAUGGUGCUUCAUUACUCUAGAAGCACUUCUUGA